AUGCCAGAGUCUACGAGUAGUGCCAUAACGGAAGACUAUAUAGAUGACAACUGGUCGGUGUCAAUCGCCCCAACCACCCCGUUGAUAGCUUUCGACGACCUAAUAGAAGAAUACACCAAGGAAGGUUUCUUGAUAGGUGAAUUGAAAGGACUACAAGAGGUACCGAUUAGUGAUGAGGUUGAAAGACCAUACACCCGUUGCAAAACUCUGGAAAUUAAAACGUUCUUGAAGUCGUUGAACUAUCAACCUUUCUACGACAGAUACGGGAGAGUCAUUCCUGAAGUAGUGAAGAAAUUGCUGGGAAAUUUGCUUCCAGUCACAGUUGGCUGGUACCGAUGCAGAUCAUUCCGUGGCACCAAGAUAACUCAAAAGGAGAAUAUGAUUCACAGAGACCUUAUGAGUUUGGUGCCCCUGCCAAAAUAUUUUGUUUUUUGUAUAAUAAACAAACCGACCGAAUAUUACAGCUCAUUUAAUUUUGGUGGGAUGUUCUUCCAGUACAACGACUCUUUGUUCGAGCCAGUGCCUUCCAAGUUGGAAGGCGCAGGGCCGUCGGAUUUGCCAGAAAACGAGGUUCUGUCGGUGGAAUCAGGUGUGCAUGAAGUGUACAGUCAACCCCCUGUGCUGUUGAGGGACCAGAAUGGUAGAACUAAUUCGCUAGAUUUCUACAAUAAUCUUAUCCCGUUAAAUUUAAGUCUAAAAGAUAAAAAGACAGAGUCUACGGAAGUAGAUAACAAGUGGUCGGUGUCCAUGGCCCCAAUCACAGUCCCGUUGUUAGCUGUCGACAACCUAGCAUAUUACCACGUCCAGCAAGGCCUCUUGAUAGGUGAAAUGAAAGAAAGAUCAGAAGUUGUACCGAUUAGCGAUGCCGUUGAAAAUCCAUACAUCCGUCGCUACAAAACCUUGCAUAUUAAAACGUGCGUGAAGUGGAACACAGGUUUCUACAACAAUGGGAGACUCAGAGAAAUGCUGACGCGUGUGCUGGGAGAUUUGUUUCCAAAGAUGGUUGGCUGGUACCGAUGCACAACAAGCAGUGGCGCCGGGAUAACUGCAAGGGAGGCUGUAAUUCACCAAAAUCUUAUGAGUUUGGUGCCUCUGCUUCCAGAAUAUUUUGUUUUUUGUAUAGUAAACUUUGCACAGCCCAAAAAUACAUUUAUUUUUAAACGGACGUUCGUCACGUACAAGGACUUUCGGUUCGAGGUAGUUCCUGAAGAGAUAAUGAAGCCAUUCUCACCCCGUUUGGUAGGCGACGAGUUCCUACGAAUGUACCCUGGGAUACCUAGCGCAGAGCAGAGAGAUUUUACAGAACUAAAAAGACUAUCAGAGUACCGAAAAAACAUGAUUAGACGAUUACUUGAAAAUGCUGGUGCACGUCUAACCCAGAUUGCUGAGGAGCUUCCGAACCUGGAAAAUCAAACGAAUGAAUUGGAACGUCGAUUGUUAGCGCAAAUUAUGUUAUUUUGGUAAUUCUGGAUGUAUGUGCUUGAUUUACCCAUGUUAUGUACCGUAAAAGGGUUGUUUUAAUUUAUUAAAAAAUUAUCGUAAUAUUGUUCUCGUUUUUGUCAUAUUUACUUAUCAUCUUUUUUUUGGUGUCCACAAACAAAUGGUCCAAUAAAUUCUUACUUUAUUU